UUUAGUAUUUAGUGCAGAAAAUACGGUUUAAUUCAUACAUAAUUGAGUGCGGCACGGUUUUUACAACGCGUACGCUCAAGUUUUCUGCACGGAUAAAUCGCAGAGAUGUGGAUAUUUUGUGAUUAAAAUUUCUCCCCAUCUGAGAUGUCUCAAACAUGAAUGAAGGUAAUUCAGCAGGAGGGGGGCAUGAAGGGCUAAGCCCGGCCCCUCCUGCUGUGUCAGACCGCGUAACUUUACACUCUACGGAAAAAUCAGUUGCACUCCCAAAAUUAAACACAACUACAACGGCGGCUACAACAACAACAACAACAGUGACCAGCAAUAUAACAACAGCAGCAGCCCUACCGGCUUCCCGCUACUCAGCACAACCGAAAGGAGUCCGCAGUAUCAGUAGACAACAACAACAGCAGCAGCGGCCCAGUGCGCAGCUGCCUGUGCCGCUGUCGCCCUUGCCGCCACAACAGCAAACGAUAGAGGCAACGGCAGCCACGCCAGUAGCAACACCACCUACCACCACAACCACACUCGUCUCAUCCGCCCACUCCGCCACCACGAGCAUCAUAGAAGUCUCCGCCUCGCCGCCGCAGGCCAAGCGUCAGCGUUUCGACAACAGUCCGAACUCCAGCCAGGCGAGCAGCAGCAUUGUCGGGACUGCCAGCAGCAACAUUGUUGGCUCCCUGCUGCCGGCUUCUGUGGCCUCCAGCAGCGAAGUCGGUGGGGUAUCUUCGGAAGCCCUGCAAGACUCAAAUGAGCUCAAGAAGCGCAUUCUCCAGCAGAAAUUGCAGAUUUUGCGUACUCUUAAGGAAAGGCAUCUUGAAAAUGUGUUCGAAUACGUUUACCUACAAAACGGCGGCAGUAUGAUGGACUACCCUGCGUGGCGUAAAAAGACACCAACCCCGCAAUUCAUCAGCUACAGCAAUGCAAAUCGUAUAGAUCAGCUGGUACACGAGGAUAAACCUAGCACGUCAGCGGCAUCCGGUGCGGCCCAAGCCCAGAGAAAUCCAACUCCGCAACAAGCAACACUGGAGACGACGACGACGACGGUGAUAAGCGGAACAAGCAACACCGGGACGACUGGACAACAGGUGGACGGAAUCAGCAAUAGCACAGUGAAAGCGAAUACGCAAUCUCAAUUGCCAGAAAAGAUUGGCAGCAGCACUACGGUAACUCCCGCAGCGGCAGGGGCAGCAGCAACAGCAACUGCAAGCCACUCGAAGAGCAACAGCAGCAGCAGCAGUCCCGCCCCCGCUGCAACCACACCAGCAGCAAGCACAACUACCACCACAAGCAGCAGUCUAGUCGAGGCAAGCGGUAAUGUUCAUCCACCGGAGGCGGAGAUCAAGAUUCCUGCCGUGGGCGCCACACCAGUGGCCAUUUCAACAAAACUACCCGCCGCUGUUGUCCAGCUAACGCAGCAAGGUCACAUACCCGGUAGACCUUUAGGAGGUCGUCACGGUAUGGUCUUCGGUCAAAUACCCGCUCCUCCUGCUGCCGUAGGAAAUUCUUCUGUACCUUUGGUGCCAGGUGGUACUCCACUGGUACCCUGCAGCACCGCUGUUGGCUCGACGACGCUCCGGCGCACCCAGAGCCACAAUAAUGCCGGAAGUGGCAGUGGAAGUGGAGCCACCGCAACGGCAACGGCGGGAGGCACUUCUACGACGCCGCUGUACACGGGCAAUGGUCCGGCGUGUAGUGGCAGUGGAGCCAUCUCGCCUGGCACUCCAAGCGGGAGCCUGCUCAGCCCAGGACUAGCCCUGACUGCCGCUGGCACACCGACCAGUGCGGUGCAGGAGUUCUCGUUUAAGGCCAAGCAGGAGGUGUACGUGAUGCAGCGUAUAUCCGAACUACAGCGAGAGGGAUUAUGGACUGAACGGCGCCUGCCCAAGCUGCAGGAGCCGAGCCGGCCGAAGGCGCAUUGGGACUAUCUUCUCGAUGAGAUGGCCUGGCUGGCGGCUGAUUUUGCCCAGGAGCGCAAGUGGAAGAAGAACGCGGCCAAGAAGUGCGCCAAGAUGGUUCAAAAGUACUUCCAGGAGAAGGCCAAUGCGGCCCAGCGGGCCGAGAAGGCCCAAGAGCUGCACCUGAAGCGAGUGGCCUCCUUCAUUGCCCGCGAGGUGAAGUGCUUCUGGUCGAAUGUGGAGAAGUUGGUGGAGUACAAGCACCAGACGAAGAUCGAGGAAAAGCGCAAGCAGGCCCUCGAUCAGCAUCUCAACUUCAUUGUCGGCCAGACCGAGAAGUACUCUCAACAGUUGGUGGAGGGCAUGAACAAGAGCAUGGCGGCCGACACACCCAGCCUCAGCCUCAAUUCCAGCCGCCUCACCUCGCCCAAGCGGGAGUCUGAUGUUGAGUUUCGGCCAGAGUCUGGCUCUGAGGACGAUGAGGAGACCAUUGCCAAGGCGGAGGAGGAGGCGGCGGACGUCAAUGAAGAGGUGACGGCCCUGGCCAAGGAAUCUGAAAUGGACUUCGACGAUUUCCUGAAAGACUUGCCUCCCGGAUAUUUGGACAAUCGUGAUAAGCUCAUAAAGGAGGAGGAGCAUACCACCUCUGCGGUGAAGAGCGAGACGCACGACGAGGAAGACAGCGACGGCGACGACGACAGUGAGUUCGAGGCGAAGGAGGCAAGCGAAGACGAUGAGAACCCCAUCAGCAAGCAGGAGGAGGCCGAGCAGGAGAUCGAUCACAAAAGGGAGAUCGAUGACCUGGAGGCCGACAACGACCUGCCGGUUGAGCAGCUGCUGAAGAAGUACAAUUCUGGAAGAAUCAGUGAUCGGUCGCCCAGUCAAAAGCGACGCAAGCUGGAGCCUUGUAGCGCCCCAGAACUCGACUCGGAUGACGAUUCCACGGCAGUGGAUGAGGAAUCCACUGACGGCAGCGAUGUGGAUGCCAGCGAAGAGGAUGACGACGAAGAUCUCUCCACGAAUGAAACCGAAACGGAAGUGGAGGAGGACGACCAGGAGGAUGGCCUCAAGAGUCUGUUGACAGAUGCGACUGUCGAUGCGGGCGGAGCAGCAGCGACUGCCGGCAGUGACAGUGCUGGUGCUGGGGCUGCUACUGCCGGCGCCAACAAAGACGACAUGCUCAAUGAUGCCGCCGCCCUGGCCGAGAGUCUCCAGCCCAAAGGCAACACCCUCUCCUCCACCAAUGUGGUAACUCCGGUGCCCUUCCUGCUGAAGCAUACUCUGCGCGAGUACCAGCACAUCGGACUCGACUGGCUGGUCACGAUGAACGAGCGCAAGCUGAACGGCAUCCUGGCCGAUGAGAUGGGCCUGGGGAAGACUAUUCAAACGAUUACCCUGCUGGCGCACCUCGCCUGCGCCAGAGGCAACUGGGGACCGCAUCUGAUUGUGGUGCCAUCGUCUGUGAUGCUCAACUGGGAGAUGGAGUUCAAGAAGUGGUGUCCCGGCUUUAAGAUACUCACCUACUACGGCUCCCAGAAGGAGCGCAAGCUGAAGCGCGUCGGCUGGACCAAGCCCAAUGCCUUCCACGUCUGCAUUACCUCCUACAAGCUGGUCGUCCAGGAUCAGCAAAGCUUUCGCCGCAAAAAGUGGCAAUAUCUAAUCCUAGACGAGGCCCAAAACAUCAAGAACUUCAAGUCGCAGCGUUGGCAGCUGUUGCUCAACUUUUCCACCGAGAGACGCCUGUUGUUGACGGGAACCCCGCUGCAGAAUGACCUAAUGGAGCUGUGGUCUCUGAUGCAUUUCCUCAUGCCCUAUGUGUUCUCCUCACACCGCGAGUUUAAGGAGUGGUUCUCCAAUCCGAUGACGGGCAUGAUCGAGGGAAACAUGGAGUAUAACGAGACUCUGAUAGCGCGUCUGCACAAGGUGAUUCGGCCGUUCCUGCUGCGACGCCUCAAGAAGGAGGUGGAGAAGCAAAUGCCAAAGAAGUACGAGCAUGUGGUCAUGUGCCGUCUGUCGAAUCGCCAGCGCUACCUGUACGAGGAUUUCAUGAGUCGCUCCAAAACGAGGGAAACCCUGCAGACGGGCAAUCUACUGAGCGUGAUCAAUGUGCUGAUGCAGCUGCGGAAGGUAUGCAACCAUCCGAAUAUGUUUGAAGUGCGUCCGAUAAUAUCGCCGUUUCAAAUGGAGGGCAUUACAUUCCACACGCCGCGUCUCGUCUGCGACAUAAUGGAGUAUGAUCCGUUCACGCAAAUCAAUCUGGAAACUGUGAAUCUCCUGCUGCUGCAUCUGGAGGAAACAUUAAGCGCGUACGUAUCGCACAAGUGCCGCCUACUCGCCCCGCCACGCAAGUUGAUCGAGGAGAUCGACAGCGCCCCACAGCCACCACCGCGCUGCCCCAACGGCAAGUAUCGGUUUCACAUACGAGUGCGAAGCGCGGAGCUUGCGCAGCGGCUCAAAUUGAAUGCGGUGCGAGUGGGCGCCAGUCCGACCAUGCGGUUGGAGGGGUCCAAGAUUGUGCCAAUGCGCACGCUCUUGCCCAGUGGAAGGAUCAUGAAGCGUAUCGGUGGUUCCAUUAACCCCAUUAAUAUGGCAUUAAAGCCGGUUGUGAUCAACAGCGUGAUUACGACGUCGUCGACGACCACAACCACUAUAGGAGGAUCGGCAUCCUCUCCGGGGGCAGCGCUAAACGUCUUGGCCAACGCCAAGCUGAUGACUGCACGCUCCCAUAUGAAUGCCCCAACGCCGGCCAAGGUGACCAAGACGAUGCAGGAUGGUAAACCCUUUUUCUACCUCACGCCAACCACAAAUGCGGGGGGAGCCGGUGCCCGCCUGACCCUUACCAGCAAGACAUCGUCGCCGUCGUCUGUCACAGCGCUUGUCAAUGCGAGCAGCAUUUCGGGGACAGCUGCCGCUGGUACAGUAUUAACAUCUCAGCAGCUAAUCAAGGAGCCCAUUGUCAGGGAUCUGGCGACGCAUGUGAAGAGCACGGCGCAGAAACAGAUAAUAGCCAAUGGAAGCACGGGGCGGGAGGAGCAGGAGGAGGAGGAAGCAGAGGAUCCCUACAAGGUCCAGGAACUCAUUCAGAUGCGCAAGGAGCAGCGCCUGGCCUCCCUCAAGCGCAUGGCCACGAUCAAUCGUCGACGUACCGAUGCCAGUCCCAUCUACGGCCAAGACUGCCGCGGGGCCAUCCAACGGUGCAUGCAGUCGACGCGUACCCUGCGACGCUCCACGUGGCAGACACGGAGCUUCUCCAACUGCUGCACGGCGAUGGCCCAUCGCGAUGGAUGGUCCCUCAAUCACCUGCUCAAGACCUUCGAGCAGAGGUGUGCAGAAAUGGCGCCAAUCUUUAGUAACUUUGUGAUUUAUGUUCCUUCGGUGUGUGCUCCGCUGAUCCGCCGCUACGUCCAGAAUCUGUCCUCCACGCACUGGCAGUACGAGCGGCAGAUCGAGAGCAGGGUGGGACAGACCCUGCUGCCAAAGCUGGACCUUCUGCAUCCCAUUAUCUCGGCAAUGACCACACAGUUUCCGGAUCCGCGGCUCAUUCAGUAUGACUGUGGCAAGCUGCAGACCCUGGAUCGUCUGCUGAGGCAGCUGAAGAUCGACGGCCAUCGCGUGCUGAUAUUCACGCAGAUGACCAAGAUGCUGGACGUGUUGGAGGCAUUCCUCAACCACCACGGCCACAUCUACCUGCGACUCGAUGGCUCGACGCGCGUCGAGCAGCGACAGAUCCUCAUGGAGCGCUUUAACGGGGACAAACGGAUAUUCUGUUUCAUAAAGGCCACGCGAUCGGGCGGCGUUGGCAUUAAUCUGACGGGCGCCGACACUGUCAUCUUCUACGACUCUGACUGGAAUCCCACCAUGGAUGCGCAGGCGCAGGAUCGAUGCCACCGCAUCGGGCAAACGCGCGACGUGCACAUCUACCGCCUGGUGUCCGAGAAGACCAUCGAAGUGAACAUCCUCAAGAAGGCCAAUCAGAAGCGAAUGCUCAGCGACAUGGCCAUCGAGGGCGGCAACUUCACCACAACCUUCUUCAAGAGCUCCACCAUCAACGAUCUAUUCACAAUGGAUCACACCGAGCAGGACGAGACCUCCACCACCACCCCCCAGGAAGUCGUCAAGUCCGAUGAGAAGACGGAGAGAAUUGUCACGUCGACGACGACCGCGACCGCCGUUGUGGAAACGGAGAAGCAGUCGCUGCGAGCAUUUGAGCACGCCCUUGCUGCCGCCGAGGAUGAGCAGGACGUUCUAGCCACCAAGACGGCCAAGGCCGAAGUGGCUGCAGAUCUGGCCGAGUUCGAUGAGAAUAUUCCCAUUGCGGAUGAUGCCAACGCUGAGGCAGGCGUCGGCUCCUCUCAGGGUGAGAUGAGCAAGGCAGAUCUGGAGAUGCAGAAUAUCGUCAAGCAGCUGUCGCCCGUGGAACGCUAUGCCAUGCGUUUCGUGGAGGCCACUGGAGCUGCCUGGACGGCGGAACAGCUGCGCGCCGCAGAAGCCGAGCUGGAGGCACAGAAGCGGGAAUGGGAGGCCAAUCGACUGGCUGUUAUGCAGAAGGAGGAGGAGCUACUCAAGCCGGAGGCCGAGGCUGAGGAAUUGCUCACCUACAGGCGCAAGGAUUCGAGUAAUCAGGUUAAUGUCAAUACCAAACAAGAUUCCCAUUCAUCCAAAAAGCGAGCCCCAGCCAGUAGGUCUCAGUGCAACAGGCAGGGUCAGCAGCACCAGCUGAGCAGGAGUGUGAACAGUAGCCACAGUGGCAGCAGGAACCAGAAGAGAUCAGUGCCGCCUGCGGUCAGUAGUAGUCCGGCGCAGACGUCGUGUCGGCGUCGUGUCAGCCUCAAUGUGAGUGCUCCUCCAGUAGUGUUGGGGUCAGGGAAAGGGACAGGAAACAGCAAGAGGUCGACGACUGGGGGCAAGAGCGGCUCGUCUGUCAGACGGAACACGCGACUCCAUUCGUUGGGUGUGGUCCAUGUGACCAAUGCCCAAACAACGCCCACUAGAAAGACAACACGCACAGCCCUAGCUGCAGGAGCGGCUGCGGCUGCGGCUGCCGAGGAGGACUCUCCUGUGGUCGCCGGCGAGCGUCCCAAGCGGCUGUCGGCCAACAUUGCCAUGAGCAAGAUGAUGAAAACGCCCGUCCUCAAGUCCACUCAAAUGAACAGCAGUGGGAAGAGCAGCAGCAGCACCACCACCACCACGCCUCCAAAGCGAGUGUGUGGAGAUAGCACCUCAGUUUCGGUCACUUCUCGGCGAAGGCUGCUGAAAAGACGAGCUACGAUAGCUACACCCUUGGCUAUUCCAAGCGAUGAGGAUGAGGACGAGGACGAGAAUGACAAUAAUACAGAAAAUGAAGAGGAGGAAGUGAGUGUGGCAGAUGAAGACGAUGACAAUGAUGACGAUGAGGAGUUGAGUGCAGAAGAUGAUGACGAUAGGUCAUCCGCCUUGGAGGAGACAACAACGCCAACCGAAGAAUCCCUAAGCGAAAAAGGGAACGGGGCUGAUGAGGAUGAAGAGCAGGAAACGCACGUGGACAUCCUCUCCGAGGACUCGGAGAGCAGUAAUGCCACAGCCGGAGAAGUUACCGGCGAAGGAGAGGCCGAAUCAAAUGCCAGCUUGGACGGCUGUUGGAGUGCCCACGAUCAAGUGCAAGACACCACAAUGACCAGCUCCACGUACUAUAAUGUGAGCGAAGAGACGGACACAGAUGAGCCCAAUGAUCCCUUGGCGCAUGCCAAAUCAGAGUCGAGCCAAGAGCAAGCACUUCAGAGGCAGCAGCAUCAUCAGAUUCUGUCGGAUAAGAGCGAUGAGAGCGAAACUGUUGGCCACACGCCCCGCACUCGAUCACGCGGCUCUGUGAAGAUCAAUCUGUGGACUCUGGACAUGAGUCCCGUGGCGAACACCCUGAACCGCAGUGGUUCGAACAGAAGCAUCAAGAAGAACGAGUCGACGCCCAGAGAGGUGCAUAGCGAGCCCAGGCGCAGGGUAGUGACCAAGAGAAUGGUCAAGACGGAUGGUACCAUCGCCGUCAACAAGUCGUCAACACAGCACAAAAGCACAGCCGGGACGCUGCAUCCAUGGAUAACCAAGACGCCCAAAGUGAUGCUACGAUCCACGCCGCUUCCUGCCACAGCUAGCUCUGGAGCACACGCAGCCACAGGAGCAGUCUCCUCCUCAAGUGGGACUACGAAUCGGUGAUAACAACGAAUGUUUAGUAGUAUUAGUAGUAUUGUAGUAUUAAAAGCCAGUCAGCCAGCCAAACCAGCUGCGGUGCGUGUGUGUGUUGUGCACGUUUUAGUUUGUGAAUCCUCCUCGGAGAGAGAGCGAGAGAGAGCUUGUCGUCCUCGAGCUGUUUACAGGGCGAGUAUUUAUAGACUGUAACAAGUUUCCUUCUAUCAAACAUACGUACUAUAUAUUCAUGUGUGCUAAGGUUAGUUAGUGAUUAGCCGAAUGGCAGAAGUCUAGGAUAACAAAUUCACUUGGAUCGAUAGGGUAGCGAUGAAGAUGGGGAGACACACUAUAGAGUGAUGGAUAGGUAGUAGUUUAGCAUAGUAAGACCUCUCAGAUUGUACAUAGAUAUAUACAUAUAGCAUAUAAUUAGCAUCGUGUAAUCAGGGCCACUCCAAGUAUCCAAGCAUUAAAAUCAUAAAUGAUUUAUUACUUUUCAUCAACCGAACAUUUCGCUCCCCAAAAAACUGUUUUAGUUCUUAAGCCGCAAGGUAUACCUGUAAACUAGAGUUUAAAUAUUUUGCAUUUUAUAAUUUAUUUUGUACUCUUAACUUAACGAAAGCAAAGCAAAACGGAAACCUUAACCAUCUUAAGACUUUGCGAAUAGAUUGACUAACAAAUAAACCAGAACUCAAUUCGUGUGUUCCAUUGUAUAAAUAAA